UGGGAAGUCUGCAUACAGCAAAGUGACCUGCAUGCCUCACCUUAUGGAAAGGAUGGUGGUCUCUGGCCUCCUGUGGCUGGCCUUGGUCUCCUGCAUUCUGACCCAGGCAUCUGCAGCGCAGCGAGGUUACGGAAACCCCAUUGAAGCCAGUUCGUAUGGGCUGGACCUGGACUGCGGAGCUCCUGGCACCCCAGAGGCUCAUGUCUGUUUUGACCCCUGUCAGAAUUACACCCUCCUGGAUGAACCCUUCCGAAGCACAGAGAACUCAGCAGGGUCCCAGGGGUGCGAUAAAAACAUGAGCGGCUGGUACCGCUUUGUAGGGGAAGGAGGAGUAAGGAUGUCGGAGACCUGUGUCCAGGUGCACCGAUGCCAGACAGACGCUCCCAUGUGGCUGAAUGGGACCCACCCUGCCCUUGGGGAUGGCAUCAUCAACCACACUGCCUGUGCCCACUGGAGUGGCAACUGCUGUUUCUGGAAAACAGAGGUGCUGGUGAAGGCCUGCCCAGGCGGGUACCAUGUGUACCGGUUGGAAGGCACUCCCCAGUGUAAUCUGAGAUACUGCACAGACCCAUCCACUGUGGAGGACAAGUGUGAGAAGGCCUGCCGCCCCGAGGAGGAGUGCCUUGCCCUCAACAGCACCUGGGGCUGUUUCUGCAGACAGGACCUCAAUAGCUCUGAUAUCCACAGUUUGCAGCCUCAGCUAGACUGUGGGCCCAGGGAGAUCAAGGUGAAGGUGGACAAAUGUUUGCUGGGAGGCCUGGGUUUGGGGGAGGAGGUCAUUGCCUACCUGCGAGACCCAAACUGCAGCAGCACCUUGCAGACAGAGGAGAGGAACUGGGUAUCUGUGACCAGCCCCGUCCAGGCUAGUGCCUGCAGGAACAUUCUGGAGAGAAAUCAAACCCAUGCCAUCUACAAAAACACCCUCUCCUUGGUCAAUGAUUUCAUCAUCAGGGACACCAUCCUCAACAUCAACUUCCAAUGUGCCUACCCACUGGACAUGAAAGUCAGCCUCCAAGCUGCCUUGCAGCCCAUUGUAAGUUCCCUGAACGUCAGUGUGAACGGGAAUGGAGAGUUCAUUGUCAGGAUGGCCCUCUUCCAAGACCAGAACUACACGAAUCCUUAUGAAGGGGAUGCAGUUGAACUGUCUGUUGAGUCCGUGCUCUAUGUGGGUGCCAUCUUGGAACAAGGGGACACCUCCCGGUUUAACCUGGUGUUGAGAAACUGCUAUGCCACCCCCACUGAAGACAAGGCUGACCUUGUGAAGUAUUUCAUCAUCAGAAACAGCUGCUCAAAUCAACGUGAUUCCACCAUCCACGUGGAGGAGAAUGGGAGGUCCUCGGAAAGCCGGUUCUCAGUUCAGAUGUUCAUGUUUGCUGGACAUUAUGACCUAGUUUUCCUGCAUUGUGAGAUUCAUCUCUGUGAUUCUCUUAAUGAACAGUGCCAGCCUUCUUGCUCAAGAAGUCAAGUCCGCAGUGAAGUACCGGCCAUCGACCUAGCCCGGGUUCUAGAUUUGGGACCCAUCACUCGGAGAGGUGCACAGUCUCCCGGUGUCAUGAAUGGAACCCCCAGCACUGCAGGGUUCCUGGUGGCCUGGCCUAUGGUCCUCCUGACUGUCCUCCUGGCUUGGCUGUUCUGAGAGCUCCGCUGAGCAUCUGGUCUUGAAGUUUGUGUUCUUCCCUCUGGCAAUGGCUCCCUUCAGCACUUCUGCUUUCCACUCCAAUUCACACAGUCUUGAUAUUAACAGAAUCAAGGCCAGGCUAGGUUUAGGCAAAGGGAAGAGCUUUCACCUUCUUUAAAACUCUCGGCUGGGUGCAGUGGCUCAUGCCUGUAAUCCCAGCACUUUGGGAGGCU